CAGAGACUGUAGCUGCUAGCUUCCUCCAUGUUUACCUCCCAGACCUCGUCCUUCCAGGAGUCCAUCGACGUGGAGGAGAGAGAUGACUUCGACAGCGAGGACAUCUCCGGGUACAGCCAGAAGACUCAGCUCAACUGCUACUACACCAUCUACCUGUACCAGGGCACAAGAUCUGAGGCUUCUGGGGAAAAUGUGGCAUGGAACCAGAGACGAGCAGACUCCACAACCAGUCAGGAGGACUUUAGCCUGACGCUGAUCGACAGCAGCCUGCCAUCGGAGGCGGAGCCUGAGCUGCGGACCUACAUCUCAAGGAGGCUGAGUAAAGGAGCGCUGCUCGGAGGCAUGGGAAACAUCGCCACCGUGGAACUCAGUCUCCCAGAGGAGUCGGUCGGCUGCUACUGCUGCCUCCUGGAGCAGGAACAUUCUCCUGAGCAGCCGGAUGCUGAUGGUAAUGGAUAUGUUAUCUGUUUCAUGGGUGGCUCUGAAAAAGGACUGAACCUAUUUAGAUUAGAGCUUGAUAAAUAUGUCCAAGGCCUUCACAGCAGCCUGCAAACACCAGAGCUGCAAAACUUGGAGACGGAGGUGCGUCCCUAUCUGAGCCGGUGGUACGAGGAGUCUGUUAUGCACAUUUACAGAGUGGCACAGCUGGUCCAGAGCAACAUCAGCUUCCUGUUGCACGCUGCUCUGAGUCACACACAUGUGGAGGUCGUCAAUUCGGACGAGAGGACGAAGGGGGACGUGUCCAGGUUCAUCAAAGCAGCCAGUUUACAGGGUCUGUCCCAACAAGACACCACAGCAGCUUCUCUGUGUAAGGCGAUCUCAGAGGAGCCACAGUGUGACCUGGUCAUAGACUGCUCCGCCAGCCCGCCCACACUCUUAAACACUGUCAGUAAUCGUUUCUGUGAUGACUGGAAUCAGGCGUUUCUAAACGCUGCCGAGCGUUGUAAUCCCUUCUUGCUCAGACAGAUUCUGGAGAACUUCAAGCUUAAGGCCAUCCAGGAUAUGAACAGCCUGAAGCGCUUGGUGCGACAGGCAGAGAUGAGUCACUACGCCCUGUUCCGCUGCUGCCAGUUCCUGCAGGGCUGUGGGAAUGGGGACGUGCUGCUGCAGAACGCCCGGGUGGAGCACAGCGACAUGCCCGAGGCCUGCAGCAUCAUCGCCGUCCUGGAGGAGUUCCUCAGGGAGCAGUCCCAAGCCCAGGCCUGAUUCCAAUAUGACACUUAACUCCAAGUACCUUUCCAGUUGGUGGUAAGACAGACUGCUCUACCAGCCACAAAGUAGAUAACUAAUUAUCAUUCUGAACACUAAAUCCAAUUUUGAUUAGCAGAUUGCCAGAUAAAAUUUGGAAAAGUUUUAUUCGCCAGCUGUCAGAACAGACAGAAAACUUAAAUAUAAGUAAUAAAAUAUCAGUUUUGUCUUCUUUAAGUACGGCUGCUUUUCAAAUGGAACAGUGGAGUUCAGAUCUGAAAUAUCUAGUGUAAAACACUGACAACCUUCACUCAGUUGUUGUUAUUGUUUAUUGACUCAGUAACAUCACAUACAAUUAAGGUACAUUCAUAGUUAAACUCAAACGCAAAGUCCUCAGUGAAGGUGAAUUUAAAUUUAAGACUAGAAUGGCACUCAGUAGAGCACAUACUUAGUUGUUAUGGUAGAAAUCAGAAAGAAACAAAUAAGUUGUCUUAUAACCUGAAUUUAUUCCCUGAGAAAUUAACAAACAAUUUAAAAAGUGUUCAGUGUUGCCAAGUUAAAGAAAGUAAAGAAAAAAAACAAUCCUGGAUCGGCCACUGAAUUCAUAUCAGCACGAACCAGGCCCCAUUCACUCACAGAGGUUGAGGUUUUUGUGUAAUCCUGCCGAUAAAGUAACCAACACACAAACAAACUAGCAGACAUGGGUGAAAACAGAACCACAUUCUCUGACAUUUAUAAUUAGAUCAACUUGUAGAUCACACUUUACAUCACAAUCUAUUUCUUUUUAAAGUCAUUGUUAAGUGUUUGUGUGACAGAAUCAUAAACCAAAUAUCAUUAAUAGUGUUUUCGCUAACUGACAAUGACCACAGCAAGGAAUUGAUCCAAACUAAAGCUUCUGCUCAUGGGGGCAGAUUUAUCUGUUAUUCCAUGUGCAAACAUUCUUUUCUAAUUUUCUUUAUAUUUUAUUUGAUUGUAUUAGUUCUCUUUUUUGAAGAAGCAUAUUUAGGAAGCACAAAUCACUUUUAUGCAUUGCUUUUUCCAUAGACAUUGUUUUGGCUUGUUGUUUUUUCCUUUCAACCCAGUACUUGCACUACUGUUUUAUUUCUGUCUACUGGAUACUGCUACUAUAUGUAUAUUAGACAUCUGUGUAAUUCCUCUCUGGAAAUUAAGUGUUGUAGAUUUUGUGUAAUCUUUGGACAUAACUUGUAAAUUAGAAUAAAUUAUUUCCUUCACCAAUUUAUGAGUUUGUGAGAAGACAUCAGGCACUAUGUGACGAGUCACUCACUACAUGUACUUAACAUGUGUGUUUUCAAAGUUUAUUAAUACUCAGAAAAAAAUGAUACGAAUUACGAUAAAUCUAAUAAGAUGAAUAAAUGUCCUCACGAUAAUAUCUGCAUGCCUAGACUUUAUAUUCCUUAUUGUGAACCUGCAACAUGACGUGCUAUAUAUGUUUAUUCCAUUUAAACAAUGAAGGGUUAAACUCAACCCAUUCCCAAAGUGAGAAGUACAGCAAUAUAAAUAUCGGUGGUGUUUACUUUAAACUGUGAAGCAAGUGACAUGUACAUUUUCCUCUUGUGAACAAUGGUGCUGCUGACCCACAGUGAGUAUAUGUAGACGUUUCUGUACAGUGUGUUCUCUGUUGUUAUAGAUGACAUGUAGUUCUCUGCUUCGAUAGUUAGAGAUGAAAUAAAAACCACAGUGCAACCUC